AGAUCAAAAAUCUCAUUUCGAUUAUUCAGCAUUUUUGCAUUUUCAGAAUUGUAGUAAAUUUAAAAUGAAAAUUAUAGGAAUCUGCAUUAUAUUAAAUUUAAUCUUAUUCACAUAUCUUGUGAGUAGUAAAAAAACAUCGAAAGAUGAAAAACCUGAGUGGGCAAAGAAAGAUAUUCGAGAUUACACUGAAGCAGAUUUGGAACGAUUACUAGAUCAAUGGGAGGAAGAUGAAGAACCAUUGGAACCUGAUGAGCUACCAGAACAUCUUCGUCCUAGGCCACCAGUAGAUUUUUCUAAGAUUGACAUGAACAAUCCCGAAGAACUUUUGCAACAAACAAAGAAAGGACAGACUGUAAUGACAUUUGUGACAGUGUCUGGUAAUCCAACACGAGAUGAAGCAGAAGAAAUAACAAAACUGUGGCAAACAAGCCUUUGGAAUAAUCACAUUCAAGCCGAACGUUACAUGAUCGACACAAAUCGAGCAAUUUUUAUGUUUUCUGAAGGCGCACAAUCAUGGGCAGCUAAAGAUUUCUUAAUCGAACAAGAACGUUGUGAAAGUGUAACUCUUGAGAACAAAGUUUAUCCAGGAAAGUUUUCAUCUCAAAAAGAUGAGCUGUAAAUAAAAAAAAGUUUUUGUUUAUAUAAA